AUGGAGUAUCCUGUAAAAAAUGUUGUUGUUCUGUGUUUUAAAUUCCAAGUGGUAACCGCAAUUGCGAUUUAUCUUUAUGAAAAUUAUAAUUCUGAAGAAAAAUUACCAAAGAAUGAUCCUAAAUUGAGAAAUCAAGUUAUUCAAGUUAUUCAAGUUAUUCAAUGGGUUCAGUAUCUCAGAAAGGCUUCUGAAGAAUGGAAAAAUCUAAAGUUUCAUUCUAAUACUGUAAUUGAGCGUUCUAUAUUGAAAAGCAUUUGGAAGUGA